UCUCCACGACUCUUCAAUCCCCCCAAAAAUAAACUUCUUCUUGUUCUUCAUGCAAGCUAAACUUUCAACUUGUUGAUUCCAUUGGAAACCAGACGUUAUCUAAAAUGAGAUACCUUACUUGCAACGCGGAAUCUGCUGUAGCCACCAUCUCCUCCCCUAACAUCCAACGAAACCCAACAAAUUCCAAGCCUUUCAAGAUCCAACAGUUCCAUUACAGUGACCUUGAAGCAGCCACAAAUGGGUUUUCUGAACAGAAUCUGCUUGGAAAGGGCAGCCAUGGCUGUGUAUACAAGGCCGUUCUCCGUGGCCGACAUGUCGCGGUUAAGAAACCUUCAAAUGGUCAAGAAAUCAACCAGGAAGUCGAUAACGAGAUUGAGAUCUUGUCAAAGAUUCACAGCCCAAGAUUGGUCAAUCUAUUGGGUUUUGCCACUGACAACACCAAAGAUCGCCUUCUUGUUGUUGAAUUCAUGAGCAAUGGUACUCUCUUUGACAUCCUUCAUUCCAAUUCUAGACCCCCAAAUUGGGGUAGAAGGAUUAGAUUAGCUUUGCAAAUAGCUAAGGCCAUAGAGACACUUCACUCACAAAACCCACCAAUAAUUCAUAGAGAUAUCAAGUCUGCUAAUGUUUUGAUUGAUAAGAAUUUCAAUGCCAAGUUGGGUGAUUUUGGGUUGGCACUUAGGUGUGGUGUUGAUGAUUAUAGGCUUAAAUCAACUCCACCUGCGGGUACUAUGGGGUAUCUUGAUCCUUGUUAUGUGACACCUAAUCAUUUGAGUACUAAAACUGAUGUAUUUAGUUUUGGGAUUCUGUUGUUGGAGAUAAUUAGUGGAAGGAAAGCUAUUGAUAUGAGCAAUUCGCCGCCUUCCAUUGUGGAUUGGGCGAUUCCACUUGUGAAGAAAGGGAAGCUUGGUGCUAUAUACGAUCCAAGAAUUGCUCCACUCAAGGAUCUUUUCGUUAGGAAGCAAUUGGCAUUGAUUGCUGCUAAAUGUGUGAGGUCUUGUAGAGAACGAAGGCCUGCAAUGAAAGAUGUUGUUAAUUGGUUAACUUCAUUGAGUAAAUUGGUUCCUCUUCAUUCAUGGAAUACGUUUAGCAAUCCAUGUUUGAUGGUGGAGACAGUGGUGCGCCCCGUGGAGUUCAGAAGUACCCAGUUUGGUUUGAGGGCAGAGGACAAUGGUGGAGACAACUUGGAUGGUGUGGACUGUAAAUUUAGUUCCCGGGCUAUAAAAAGUUCACAGACAGUAUAUUCAGAUAUGGGUUUCAGAAGCAAUUUGAUGGAACUCAUGGCUGACACUGAUGGGCAAUCUGAAAGAUGGGGGAAGACUGAUGAGGUUGACAAGAACUCAAAAUCAUCUCGUCAGGUUUUCAUUCAAAGAUUUGGUAGUAGAGCACAUGGUUACAAAGGGAGAAUUCAGUCCCAUGAUCAUUAUAAAAACAAAGAUGUCUUCCGCUUGAAACACAACCAAUCUGUUGGAGGUGAUACAGAGUUAUUUUCGAGAGGCGAUGAUGCAAUUUCUCAUUCAAGUAUUAGUGUUCAUCUGGCUGAUAACAUGUAGAUUCUCGAAAAACUUGUGGAAGCAACUCGACUUUUGGGCACAACUCAGGCCUGUAAGCUUUUCUGUUGCUUGGAAUCACACGUAUGUGUGUAGCUCAUGUGUUCAUGAUUUUAUCAAUCAAUUAAUCUUCCAUUGUCAAUUGAAGUGUUUUAUGUUGUUCAUUUAAUUUGUAUGUAGAUGAAGCCACAUUGCUUGUCCCUCGUAUAAAUUUUCUUCUAACCUUUUUGU